UGUCUGUCUAAUGGUGCUCUGAGUCUCUCUCUCUCCGUCUGUCUCCAUGACCCUCCUGCAUCCUGUCUGUCUGUCUGUCUGUCCACUGCUGCUUACAGUAUCUGUCUGUCUGUCUCAGAGUUAAUAACGUCCGUCUUUUUCCUCUCAGCGAUCAGGAGGAAGGAGAACGGCUGGAAUGAUGAAGAACAUCCUCUCGUCUUUCUCUUUCUGGGCUCGUCUGGAAUCGGUAAAACUGAACUGGCCAAACAGAUCGCUCGCUACAUGCAUAAAGAUAUUAAGAAGGGCUUCAUCAGAAUGGACAUGUCAGAAUUUCAAGAGAAACACGAGGUGGCCAAGUUCAUUGGUUCUCCUCCGGGUUAUGUGGGUCAUGAAGAUGGGGGGCAUUUGACCAAGCAGCUCCGACAGUGUCCUAACGCUGUGGUUCUGUUUGACGAGGUGGACAAAGCUCAUCCUGAUGUCCUGACCAUCAUGUUACAGCUCUUUGAUGAGGGGCGUUUGACUGACGGCAAGGGGAAAACCAUCGAGUGUAAAGAUGCCAUUUUCAUUAUGACAUCCAAUGUGGCGAGUGAUGAAAUUGCCCAGCAUGCACUGCAGCUGAGACGAGAAGCGCAGGAGCAGAGCCGCAGACGUCUCGCUGAAAAUCUGGAUGACGUUCAGAAGAGUGAGAACAUCACCAUCUCCAGCACAUUUAAAGAGGAGAUGAUUCGACCCAUUCUCAAGGCUCACUUCAGGCGUGACGAGUUUCUGGGGCGGAUUAACGAGAUCGUUUAUUUCCUGCCGUUCUGUCACUCUGAACUUAUCCAGCUGGUCACCAAAGAACUCAACUACUGGGCCAAGAAGGUGAAACAACACGCAAAAACACAACACGCAGGAUCAAUAAGAGCGCGCUCGUCUGAUGACUGUAAUCAUGUUAGUGAAGCUAACAUGUGGUUCAAUCAUAAAUGUUGAAAUAUGUAGAAAACAUCAUAACUGUCAGUCACACACACACACACACACACACACACACACACACACACGCACCACACACACACACAC